ACGCUACAAGAUUCCCCGAGUGUAGCCCGUGAGCUCUUGGGAGAUGUAGUCUUCAAACCUCACAGCCUCUUCUCUAUCUUGCGGAGUGGGCAGGCUCAGAGGACUACAUCUCCCUGCGCGCUUCCAUUAGCCAAAGGGCGCCAGGCUGCGGCAGCCAUUUCGUUCCGCCCGAGGAGCCUCUAAGAUGGCGGCGGGGGGAACGGUGAAGGUUGCUGCCUACCCCUCGGGGCUCUAGUCCGCCGUCUCGCCAUCCUCCUGUAUCCUGGCGGCCGGCCCAUGGCCUGGUGGAGGCCCCGAUCAUGGACCUCCGCACCGCCGUGUACAACGCCGCCCGCGACGGCAAGCUUCAGCUGCUUCAAAAGCUGCUUAGCGGCCGGAGCCGGGAGGAGCUGGAUGAGCUGACGGGCGAGGUGGCCGGCGGGGGGACGCCGCUGCUCAUUGCCGCCCGCUACGGCCACCUGGAUGUGGUCGAGUACCUGGUGGAUCGGUGCGGCGCGAGCGUGGAGGCGGGCGGCUCGGUGCACUUCGACGGCGAGACCAUCGAGGGCGCGCCGCCGCUGUGGGCCGCCUCGGCCGCCGGCCACCUGGACGUGGUGCGGAGCCUGCUGCGCCGCGGGGCCUCGGUGAACCGCACCACGCGCACCAACUCCACGCCCCUGCGCGCCGCCUGCUUCGACGGGCACCUGGAGGUGGUGCGCUACCUGGUGGGCGAGCACCAGGCCGACCUGGAGGUGGCCAACCGCCACGGGCACACGUGCCUCAUGAUCUCCUGUUACAAGGGCCACCGUGAGAUCGCCCGCUACCUGCUGGAGCAGGGCGCCCAGGUGAACCGGCGCAGCGCCAAGGGCAACACGGCCCUGCACGACUGCGCCGAGUCCGGCAGCCUGGAAAUCCUGCAGCUGCUGCUCGGGUGCAAAGCCCGCAUGGAACGCGACGGCUACGGCAUGACCCCGCUGCUGGCGGCCAGCGUGACCGGCCACACCAACAUCGUGGAGUACCUCAUCCAGGAGCAGCCUGCCGGGGAGGAGGCGCGGCCAGCGCUGGCGGGAGAAGGCCCCGCCACCGGCCCGGGAUGCGUGCAGCCCCAGGGGGCCAGCUGCUGCACCUCCUCCCCGGAGGAAGCGCUCAGUGGCGAAGUUUAUGAGAGCUGCUGCCCCACCAGCCGGGAAGCUGCCGUGGAAGCCUUGGAAUUGUUGGGAGCCACAUACGUGGAUAAGAAGCGGGACCUGCUCGGGGCCCUGAAACACUGGAGGCGGGCUAUGGAGCUUCGUCACCAGGGGGGCGCGUAUCUGCCCAAACCCGAACCCCCGCAGCUGGUCCUGGCCUACGACUACUCCAGGGAGGUGAACACCGCCGAAGAAUUGGAGGCGCUCAUAACCGACCCGGACGAGAUGCGCAUGCAGGCCCUGUUGAUCCGAGAGCGCAUCCUGGGUCCCUCUCACCCAGACACUUCCUAUUACAUCCGUUACAGGGGCGCGGUGUACGCCGACUCGGGCAACUUCGAGCGCUGCAUCCGCCUGUGGAAGUACGCCCUGGACAUGCAGCAGAACAAUCUGGAGCCGCUGAGUCCCAUGACCGCCAGUAGCUUCCUCUCCUUUGCGGAACUCUUCUCUUACGUUCUUCAGGACCGGGCAGCCAAGGGCAGCCUGGGCACGCAGAUAGGCUUUGCAGACCUCAUGGGGGUGCUCUGCAAAGGGGUCCGGGAGGUGGAGCGGGCCCUGCAGCUGCCCAAGGAGCCCGGGGACUCGGCCCAGUUCACCAAGGCCCUGGCCAUCAUCCUCCACCUGCUCUACCUGUUGGAGAAGGUGGAGUGCACGCCGGACCAGGAGCAUCUGAAGCACCAGACCGUGUACCGGCUGCUGAAGUGUGCCCCCCGGGGCAAGAACGGCUUCACCCCCCUGCACAUGGCUGUGGACAAGGAAACCACGAACGUGGGCCGCUACCCGGUGGGCCGGUUCCCCUCCCUCCAGGUGGUCAGGGUGCUGCUCGACUGCGGGGCCGACCCAGACAGCCGGGACUUUGACAACAACACCCCGCUGCACGUCGCGGCCCAGAACAGCUGCCCGGGGAUCAUGAACACCCUGAUCGAAGCCGGCGCCCACAUGGACGCCACCAACGCCUUCAAGAAAACGGCCUACGAGCUGCUGGAUGAGAAGCUGCUGGCCAAGAGCACCAUCCAGCCCUUCAAUUACGUCACCCUGCAGUGCCUUGCAGCCCGCGCCCUGGACAAGAACAAGGUCCCCUACAAGGGCUUCAUCCCCGAGGAGCUGGAGGCUUUCAUCGAGCUGCACUAACGGGGUUCCUAGAGGGGGAAGCCGGGAGAGGUGUAGGCCACGCCUGACCUUGCCCUCUCGUGAGCGCCUCCAGUGGCAGGAAACGGGAGAAGGGCUGUCCCGCCUCCGCGGGGAGAGCGGAGGGCGUCAGCGUUGGUGCUGGAAGCCUUCAGGGUCGCGAGCUCGGAGAUCCUCUUCCUCCAGGAGCGCAGCCAUCCUCAACUGGGACGAGACGCAUGGCCGUCCACACGUCCCCCGCGCCUGGGUCUCGGGAGAUCGCGCCUUCCUCCCGAGAGGCAGAGGGAUUGACGCCAUUGCCUCCCUCCCCGCGAGAAACGGAGAGAAGCUGAGUCGGUCGGCCGUGGCCGGGGAGCCCCAGCCGCCUAGCGCCGUUGGACUGGGGCCCCCCCACCCCGAGGCGGAGAGGCGGAGCCCCAAGAGGCCAGUCCUCCUCCCGCCUCCAGCAGGGGGCGCCCCGCUCGCUCUGACCCCCGCGGUGGGAGCCGGCAGGGCGCUGCCCAGGGCAGCCUGCCGGCGGCGUGGCUUUCAGCUGGUGUGGUGUGCAGUUUAUUUAGUAGGCGGGCAGGUUAGGCAUCGCACGGAAGUCCUGAGGUUCUGCUGCCAUUUUUUUUUUUUUCCUCAGAAUUUGAACUUUUCUUUAAGACUUGAUAAGUCGAUUUCACGCACCGAGGGUCUCAUUGUGCCCGCGCUGGGUGAGGAAGGUAGAGCGUGGUGUCGGUCCCCAGAACGCGGGUGACUGUGCUCUUCUUAAAACUUCCCUCGUUUGCCUUUUGGGCCUCGGGUAUGGCCAUCGUCAUCAGAGAAGUAUUUUUUUAAACGAGGUGCAGGCCAGACGCCCAAGAAGCUGAGCCUGAGCCGUGGGUUUUCCCGAGGGAGAACCGGCAGGGUCGGUCUGAGGCUUGGGCUUCUCGGGUCCUGGGUUAGACCCGCAGGCCGCUUCAGCCCCGUCGCUCACGCACAGGGGUUUCGUUGCGGGCAGCCACCCCUCCAGCUGCUCAGGGACCACACUCGGGUCUUCCUGAGAAAACCGCAAGUGCGGCCACGUGAGACGCUGAGUGCUGGGAGCUGGGGUCACGCAAGAGUCGCGGCUCCCCAUCACUCGGGGCGAAAAGUGCCUCCACGAGAGCCUGGCGUGGGGAGCCUCGCCUCGGGCCGGGGCUGCGUGCGCCCCGCAGGCCGGAGGGGGCUCUUCUCAGCCUGUUGGGAGAGCAGUUACUAGCAGAAGGGGACAGGCUCAGAAGGUCACACUCAGGAGAGCGGCGUCCGCGUCCCACGCCUCUCUCGAAGCCUUGUCGGGUGGCGGCUGCGUGGAGGCCUUCGGGAGCCGCGGCGGCGCCCUGGGCGCUCCGCCCCCCGAGGAAACGGCCCGCGUGGGUUUGCAGUGCUAGGUAGGGUGUUUCUCAUUGACAGGGCCAGGUUGUACCUUCCGUCGGGGCGGGAUUCGCGCUACUGUCCCGCAGCACGGAAUAAAGUGAGGCCGCUGAAACCGCGAGUCCUGGCGCUGAUGUUUAGGUCAUUAAAAACACGACCCUCGAAGAGAAGCACCCGACAGGUUCUGGGGCAGCAGGGGGGGCGGGGCGGGAGAGGUGGGUAACCGAGAGCGAGAGGCCGUGGCGCCCACGGUGGACGCAGAGGACCCGCCCAGGGCCGCCGUCUGGGACGACAGGCGUUUGUCUUUACGUGCCGGAGCUCUGUGUAAGAUUUCAUUCAGAAAUCGCGUGUCACUACAUGCAAAAGCAAAAGCCACCGACUUAGUCCAGACUCCACUUCGCGGUAAGGUCGCCCCAGAGAAGACGGUGCCUCGGCCCUUCUGAAGGGCGAGGAGGGCCUGAGAAAACAGGAAGGCCCCGGACUCGGGGAGGCCCAUUGCCGGGGCCGGUGCACGGCUCCCCCAGGAGGUCUGUCCGUGAACUUCGUGGGUUUCCUGGAGCUGGUUCCGCCUUAGGAAGAAAGUCUCCCCUCACCUCCCCACCUCCCUCCCACACUUUUUUCUCCCGCCACCUCACUGGUCAGAUUCCGGUUUUCUGCACCCCAGCACAACCAGACCCCUCCCCGGGAAGCACUGCCCUGAUAGCCGCUCGCUGAGCCUUCCCUGAGCACCUGCUGUGUGCGCGGUGAGUUCUGGGCCCCUUGGGGGCAAGGACUGAGCUGUUUGUUACUCCCGAGGUCGUGGAUCUCGCUGCAUCCUCGCCUCCUGCGGCAUUGCAGGAGGCUGCGCUGCGGUGACGUUUCACGUCCAGCAGCGCGUCGCGCUGGAGGGUUCACAGUGUCCUGGUCCCACUGGGGGUCAGUGGCUCUCGAUGGGCGCCGCCCCUGAGCUGCCGCGCGCGCUCGCCCUCCCUGAAGGAGCAGAUUGCAAAUUGGCAGGUGCUCGCGAGCCCUGUCCUCUCAGGAGACCCGUGACACUAGCAAAGCAUUCGUCGAGCCCCGACUGUGCCGGCGCCAUCCGGUGUCCCUAAGCGGGCACCCCGUACCCGGCAUGUCAAGCAGGCGGCGUCAUCCGCUUUUGCAGGCGGUGGGGGAAACGGGCUCGCCGAGGAGGAAAGCCGAUCUGUGCCAAGUGCUCGCUUUACAAGCUCAGACCCGAGAGUCGUGACUUGGGCCUUAGACCCCCUAGUGAAAGCCACCCUAAAGCUUGGGCAGGUCUCAGGUGACGGUUUCUCCAGCAGGUCGGACCAUUGGGAAUGACCUGGUUCCUCCAGGGGUCCUGAUACUGCAGGCCACAGGAUGGGAGGCGUCUUCCUGCCCCCAGAGUCCUGAGGUACACUGGGUUUGGAGCCGUCAGCCAAGGGCGGGGCAGAAGGAGGAGCCCACCUCCCUGAAACAUCUGUACCCCAUGUAAAGGUGGGCUUGCGUAAAAUGGAACAGAUGCCGUCAAGGAUGGCAAAAGCAAAAAAUAUCCUCCACGAUGAUAAAAUCGUUACCUCCUAUUUACCAGAGAAAAGACUGACCAAGCGACCUGCUCAAGCACGCGCAGCCAGGAUGGUGACCCAUGUCACAGAGUUGAGCAAACAGGUUUUCUCAGCCAGGGAGCAUCUGGGUGGAGGGUGUCAGGAAGUACGCAGCUCACCCCAUCGGUGGGACUUCCUCCCCACCCCCCCGUCACUUCCCACCCCGCUUCCUGCCUCCACAGAACUGAAGCCAGGGCCUGAAGCUCUGCCAUUUGCUCAUCGAUUUAGUGCCUUUCUCAGACCUUUCAGACCCGUGAGAGUCUGUCUCAGUCGCUGCCGUGUCCUCAUCACCCAUGUGUUGAGCGAGUGACAAACAAAUAGAUGUAAGUCUCGUCUCCUGGCGUUCCAGCCCUCCUUGGACUGCUCGGGCAGAGCAAGGGACAGAGAGCGGGCCCUGAUGGCUCGGCCACGUGCAGAGCCCGCUGCCCCCACAGGAUUCCAGCACUGUCAUCUGAGCAGUGUUUACAGGGAGGGGAGCGGAGUGUCCCAGCCAGAGGUUAAAGAUAGCACAGCUCUGAAUCACGUCGCAGGCCAGAAAAGUGAGGCGAGCGGCCCCUGGGACCAGCACCGCUGGCGCAGCGGGGAGUAAGCCCGUGUCCCUGGAGACAUGACAGGCAGGGGCGGGGGUUCCCGUGGGAGAUUCCGAUAGGACCGGACAGAAGGUGGUUCCAUCAAGUGGUUGCCACACGUGUCAGGCGGGCCCCAACCCAGAUGUGGGCAGCACCACCCCUCCUGCGUGACCGGACCUUCCGUCCCAUCCCCCCAGCAUCUGUUUCUCACGGGUCACAGGAGAGACGUUGAACCUAGGCGUUGAAGAAGACACUUGAGACCCCCCAGUGCAACCCUCUCCCCCUGCCCUAUGCCCUAAUAUCCUCUACUAAAAGCCCACAGAGCAAUGAUCAUGAUAAAAUGUCACCUCCUUCGUGAAGCCCUUCUAGAUAAUCAGAAGUUCAGCCCCAGUGAUUCCACAUCACAUCCCGCUUGUGUAUUUCCAUCUCAACCCUUAGAACCUUAACCUGCGUAAUCAUCUUUUUCUUCACACGCUUCUUUUGGUCAUGGUGUCCCUUGCCUAGGAUGUCAACCACACCAGCUCAUUCUCUGCUGUGUUGCCAGUGCCUAAAAGAAGGCCUGAUACAAAAUGGCUCUCUAAGCAUUUGUGGAAUGAAUACCCUGGCUCCUGAGGAGAGCGAGGAGGCCCGCGUGGCCAGGUCACAGUGAGCAAGGGAGAGUAGGAGGUCGGGGAUUCAGGCAGAUAGUGCCGGGCCUUGGGACCUUGGUGAACUGUUUGGGUUUUAACCUUAUGGAGGUGGGCAGCUGUGGCAGUUUCAAGCCAAGGAGAGGAGUGACCUGAUUCAAGCUUUGAGACCACUCUGGUCAAGGCUGGAGGAAUGGAUUGCAGGGGCGGGUCUGGAGACCAGGGGUUUGGGGAGGCUGUGCAGGUGUCCCAGUGAGCGUUGGCGGGAAAGGGGCUGGACCGAGUCAAGCCACAGGUAGGGGGAAGCGGACAGAUGCCAGAUCUGCUUUGGAGGUGGGCUGGCGAGAGCUGUUGAUGCUUUGGGUUGAAGAAUGAGCAUCGAGAGGAAGAAACACAUGGACUCCUAGGUUUUGAGCCAGAGCCAGUAGGUGGAUGGAUGGUGGGGCCGUUUAGCGGGCUGGAGAGAAAUGGGAGCCAAGUUCUGGACUUGAGGUGGCUGUAGGGCCUCGUGGGAGCCCCACCGUAGCUGUCUCACUCUGUACACCCAGAGCCCAGGAAAGUGCCUAACACGUAGUAGGUGCUCAGUCAGUAUUUGUUGACUAAUAGAAGGCUCGCAGUCCCAGGGAAGAUAGGCCUCUGAGUUGCUGAGUUGGCUUAGUGUUGACUUCUAAAGGACCUCAAACUCAGAUGUCACUCAGGGCUGGUAGGUAACAGGCAGGUGGGCAGCUGUGACCUAGCUUCAGUCAAAUCACAAAGAAAACUCUAGAAGAUGUUUUGAAGUGAGCACAAAAUAACAUGAAAAUGUGUAGGAUGCAGCUAAAGCAGUGAUAGAAAUAUGUAGUUUUAAAUGUUUAGAAAAGAGGAAAAAUAGAGAAUGAAUGACCUAAGGCAGGAGUCUACAAACUACGGCCUGUGGGCCAAAUCCAGCCUCAUUUUUGUAAAUAAAGUUUUAUUGGAACCAAAA